AUAACAAUAAAGUUCCUGUCCAUCCAAACUUAUUGGCGGUUGACUUCUAUAUCAAAACACUCAGCAGAUCAGAUCUACACGACCACCCUAUUCCCUCUUUUGCAACUCGAUUUUAAGGUCUGCUGCUACUUUUAUUCUGGUCUGACUCAUAAUCGCAAAGGAAAUGGAAAAAGGCGAUUUGGAGCUUCGAGAAGUAUCAUCGAUGUACAUGGCACCUGAGAACAAGGAUUUGGAGCUUGGAGAGGUAAACAUAAUUCAAGGCACCGUGCAUAGUCUUCUUGAUUGUGUACAAAAGGUAAACAUCCAGACGAACAUGUUUUCGCCAUCGAUUUACAUGGCACCUCGCACACUACGGGAUCUAAAUCCAAGUCUUUUCAACCCGCGGGUGGUCUCUAUUGGACCUCUACACAGAGAAGAUGAAAAUGUGCAAGCCUUUGAAGGGCGGAAAGCAAAUUAUCUGAGUAAUCUAAUGAGUAGUACUAAUUCCCCACCAGAGGAAAUAUUGAACUCAUGUGUGGAGAAGGUGUACGCUUCACUGGAACAAAUAAAGGCAUGUUAUGUUUGGACCAAGACAUAUGGGGAUGCUGAAAUUACCAAAAUGAUGGUUAUGGAUGCUUGUUUUAUACUUGGAUUCAGUCGCGAAAUGUGGAUGGUUUUUAACAAAUCAUACUUCGGAGAUAUGUUGCUAAUACAAAAUGUAAUUUAUGACUUGGUAUUGCUUGAAAAUCAGAUCCCUUUUUUUGUUCUUGAUGCAGUAUUUCAGGGCACUGUAUUGAAAUUUAUGCCUGAGGCCUCCCUUGUUGACUAUAUUGAUCCUAUUCUACGAAGCCUCCACAUCUUUGAUGGAUAUCUAAACACUGACAAUAUUCCCACAAAUACCACUCAACAUAUUCUUAGCCUUCUACACCAAUGUUACGAGCCUCCGACUUCUAUUAAACCGGGUUUGUUAUACACAAGAAUCCAAUCAGCUGUAGAUCUAGAAAGGGCAGGUGUGCAUUUCAAACCUAAUGAAAAUUCAACAUGGAUGAUGGGGAUGGAAGUUAAAUUAUAUAGGUUCCCAUGUUUUUUUGGUCCUUGGGGUAAGCCUACUCUUAGAAUCCCAAAAUUGAUAGUUGAAAAUUUCAGUGAGUUGGUUUUAAGGAAUCUCAUUGCAUAUGAGCAAUCAUGUCAAACUCAUUAUCAUAUAACAUCAUAUGUCUUUACCAUGGAUAUGUUAGUGAAUACUCAAGAAGAUGUUGCCAGGUUGGUAAACUCGCGCGUCCUUGACAACCGUGUGGGUUCAAAUGAAGAAGCUGCUGAUAUAAUCAACAACAUAUGCAAAGACGUGGCAGGUGUAUAUUCCUUUUAUGAACAAGAGUGGGAAAAAUUGAAUAAGUAUUGCAAUAAUUACUGGCCAAAAAAUAUAGCGUGGUUGAGACGUACUUACUUCAGUAAUCCAUGGAAUAUCAUUGCUCUGCUUGCUGGAAUCAUCUUGUUUGCUCUAACUGUGCUUCAGACCAUCUUUACCAUUAACCCCUAGAUUUAUUGUGAAGGAUCGAUCGUAUCGAGUGCACAAGUAAUUUUCAUCCUUGGUUGUACAUUUGGAUGUGUGCUUAUAAUGUGUUACCUAUUUAUGUAAAGUCUUGAAUCGUGGAUGUAAGUUUUGAUGUCUGUGUUGUAUACCUCUAAUUAUCGCCUUAUUUAACUUUUGAAAACGCUAGGGAGCUAUAUUUCUUGGUCUUUAAA